AUGGCGGCGGCAGAGGGCAGCAAGGAGGAGACGGGGAGGAGGAAGGCAGAGCGGGUGGCGCUGCCGGCGGGCAUGCUACUGGUGCAGGUGUUGACGGUGGUGACGAUGCUGUUGUCCAAGGCGGCGCUCAACGGCGGAAUGCAACCCCUGGUCCACCUCGUCUACCGCAACCUCGUCGCUGCCGCCGCCGUUGCCCCCCUUGCCGUCGUCUUUGAGAGGGAAAUACUGAAGAAAGUGAACAUGGUUGUUUUGGGCUGGAUCUUCAUCAACGCUACUUUCGGAGUUUUGCUGGCGACGGGGUUGUACUACUGCGCCCUACGGGCCACCAGCGCCGCCUAUACCGUCAACUUCUUCAACCUCAUCCCCGUUGUCACCUUCCUCAUUGCAGUGGCGCUCCAGGCCGAGCGCAUCUCCCUCGGCACCUGGCCCGGCAGGAUGAAGCUGCUCGCCGCGGUAGUGGGCGUUGCCGGCACCAUGGUCGUCAGCCUCUGCAAGGGCCCUCUUCUCCCAAUUUCGCACCUCCGGCCGUCCUAUGCCCACGCCCACGCCAGCCCGCCGGCACCGGCGUCGGUGAUCCAUGGCGGCCACGACAUGGCCGUCGGCACGCUCUUCAUGUGUGGGAGCUGCGUGAGCUACGCGCUCUGGUUCGUGGUGCAGGCCAGGGUUGCCAAGGUGUUCCCGUCGCGAUACUGGUCCACCACGCUCACAUGCGCUGCGGGCAGCCUGCAGUCUGCCGCGGCCGCCGGGGUGGCGGCCGUCCUAGCACCCCGCGAGGGCUGGGCGGCAGAGUGGAGGCUGAGGUGGGACCUGCGCCUGGCCACGGUGGUGUACUCCGGGGUCUUCAACACGGGCGUCACGUUCGUGCUCGUGUCGUGGGCGGUGGCGCGCCGCGGGCCCGUGUACCCGCCCAUGUUCAACUCCCUGUCGCUCGUUGCCACGACUGUGGUUGACGCCGGCAUGCUCGGCACCGACAUCUACCUCGGCGGUGUUCUCGGGGCGGGCCUCGUCGUCAUGGGGCUCUACGCGUUCCUCUGGGGCAAGGGUAAGGAGCUCGCUGCCGCCAAGGCGGACAACGGCGAGCAGAAGCUGCAGCGUGUACACGCCGAUGAUGGCAUUGCCUAG